AAAAUAAUGAAUUCGUGUAAAAUUAUGCUCAGAACUUAAAAGAUCCAAUGGAAUUUACCCUUGAUAUUUUUUUCUCUUACAAAUAUCCGGUGAAACAAUGUUUGAUGAAUGCUACCGCAUGUUCUGUCUCCUUAGUAUCAGAUGACUUGAAACGGUCAAGCUGAAACCGGAAACAAAAGUGAACAAAAACAAAGAUGCAAACAGCUUCACUUCUCUGUUCUUCAAAUCCAAUCUCUUCACCGCAACCUUCUCUUUACACUUGUCGUCCACUCAUAGCUUCUUUUAGAAACCGUCUCUCACGUUCUCUCUUUGCUUCCUCUCGUCUCCGUUUGUCGUUGAAUCGUCUCCAUGGUCAUUGCCAUGGCCUUUCUCCACUGCACAGCACUGCUACUGAAGAGAUGAUUCAAGCUAGCAAGAAUGUGUCUGGAUUUGUUGCAAUUGGGUUCGUAUCCAGUGUUCAUGGGCUACAGGGAGAGAUUUGUAUAAAACCCAGCACUGAUUUUCCAGAACUGCGGUUUUGCAAGGCUGGGAGAAGAUGGAUAAGGCAACAAGUUUCAGGUAAAGAAACAAUCAAAGAAGUAGAGCUUGUUGAAGGAAGGGAACAUCCUGGACGGAAGAGUUGGAUACUUCGCUUUAGUGGGAUUGAAACUAUGGAUGAGGCUAGGCAACUUGUAGGUUCAACUUUAUUGGUAGAGGAAGAUGAUAGGCCACAUUUGGAAGAAGGUGAAUUUUAUACUCCUGAUCUUGUUGGAAUGAGAGUCAUUCUCAAGGAAACUGGUCAAGUUGUGGGGACAGUUGUUGAUGUUUUCAAUACUGGAGCUAGUGAUCUCUUACAUGUCAUGCUCAAAUCAUCUGUAGUUAUGCCUAAUGGAAGUGGGGAGUCUAAUUUGAUAGAAGCUGGGGAUUCUGGUCCCCUUGUUUGGGUACCGUUUGUUGAGGAAAUUGUUCCUAAUGUUGAUUUGACUAGAAGAGAAAUGCAGAUCACACCUCCAAAGGGACUCCUUGAGUUAAAUGUACGCUCUGAUGAGAGGUCCAAGAAAGAAAGGCGCCAACUUGAAUGGAAAGAAAGGAAAAAGUUUCAAAAACGGUUAAUAGCUGCAAAAAAGAAACUAUGUGAAAUGGAGCAACAACAUAUAUUUCAUGGGUUUAGAUAUGGAGGGAAGUCCCAAAAGAGCUUACUUGCAGAUCAGAUUGUCAGUGUUAAUUCAAAAUUGCUUCAGCAGGCAUUGCAGGAUAUCGAGAUAGCCUCAAAGAGAUGGAGUAUAACUGAAUCACUCACUGGAACUAAGCUGGUGAGAAAUAGAUUGAGGAUAUCAGAAAAAUGCUUUACUCCACAUACAAGUGAAGAGAAUUUGGGGGCAAAUAUCACUUUGCAGGAAAAGGCACUCCAUCUCGUUUCUAAGGGAAAAGUUGCAGCUGUUUUAGAUAUGAGUGACCAUAGGAACCAGGGAAAAGAAUAUGACUCUGGUCUUGCUUUCUCAAUGAGCAUGGAUAAUUCAGAAACAUCCUCCCUUCAGACGUUGCUUUGUGAUGAUGAGAGGUUUGUCAAGGUAGAAAAUCGUUUAUUUGUGCCAUUGGUUUUGAUUUGCCCAGCUGAUGAAAUCAAUUCUAUGGAGAAGCUAUUUGCAAGUAACAAUUAUUUUGGAUUUGACCCAGAAAAGGUUUGGUUCUUGAAAGAAGAGAGGCUGCCAGUUGUUAGCAGUUUACUAGAACAGAACAGGCAUAAGAUUUUGAUGAAAUCACCAUGGGAGAUAUUGCAAUCACCAGUUGGAUCUGGCGGAGUCAUUAGCUUGCUUUCCUCAAACAGUAUUGUGGAGAAUCUUGCCCAAAUUGGUGUGGAGUAUGUUCAGGUAUGCCACGGUGAAAGAUAUAUCGGUGGGAGCUCACUGCUCCUUGGAUUCGUUAACGCAAUGGAAGCAGAUAUUGGCGUUCAAAUUUUUGACGAUACAGAGGUUAUGGAGGGAGGGUUUGGAAUGAUAUUCUCGAUGGAUUUAAUGAAGAAGUUGACAAGAAAGAUGAAUAAACUUCAGUUCUAUGCAAUUGCAAAGCCAAAUUCACAUGUGGAGCUAGUUGAGAAAAAGUGGGUCAAUGUUGAUCCUUCCUCUCCCAACUCCUACGAGUUCUAUUCUACAAUUUUCAGUUGCCUGAAUGCAUGUUCUUUGGACAGAAUUUGUGUUAUGGAAAUAACAGAAUAGAUUACAAAUAUUAGAAAUGGAUUGGAAUUUGUGUA